AUGUUGGUGCAACCUUCAAUGCAGAUAUUGGGUCAGUGGCCAGGUCAGCUGGACCCUAUGUUGGAUUCAGAACCGCUACGAGUCUACGGGCCACGGCCUACUAUUAUUUUCUACAUCAACUACGCUGGUCAUGAAGCUAGACGUUCAAUGGAAGUUAAUAACGUAGCGUAUGCGAGAAUAAAAGAAGAAGAAAAUUCAUGCAAUUCUGGAAUUGAAUUGCCGUUACAGGAAGAAUCCGUUCCUCAAAGCCCUAGCAAUGGCGAAUCAUGGAAAAGGCUGCUGAAGCUGAUCGCCAUUUGCGUCUCUUUGGCAAUUCUGGCAAUACCUACAAUCAAAUGGAUUGGACCCUUUGCAUUGAGAAAGGUUGUUGUCCCCCUAAUAAAAUGGGAGGCACAGGCAUUUAACAGUUUCGAGCGCGUAAUUGUAAUCUUUGCUUCAUUAUCUCUAUUCCCAGUCGUAUGUUUGCCAUCCACACCUUCAAUAUGGGUGGCAGGGAUGGCUUUCGGCUACGGAAAUGGAUUUCUACUAGUUAUGGCUGGGGUAGCUGUCGGUGUAUCAUUACCAUAUUUUAUUGGUUCUAUCUUUCACACCAAAAUCCAAGGGCUGUUAGAGAAACAUCCAAAGCAUGCUUCUAUAUUGAGACUAGCAGGAGAAGGAAACUGGCUUCAUCAAUUCCAAGCUGUUACCUUGAUUAGAAUCACACCGUUACCCUAUGUUAUAUAUAACUACGCUGUUGUGGCUACCAAUGUCAAUUACUGUCCUUACUUGUUGGGGACAUUGGUGGGGAUGGUCCCUGAAGUUUUUGUUGCACUCUACAGUGGGAUUUUGAUACGAUCCUUUGCAGAGGCAACACAAGAUAAGAAAACCCUUUCUACGAGACAGAUGAUAUUCAACGUUGUGGGGUUUUGUGCAUCUUUGACGGCUACAAUUUUCAUUGGCAUUCACAUCAAGAGGCGACUUGAUCCGCAACAUGAGGAAGAGUUAAUAUCAGAGUAG